AUGAGCAUAUUCUUAGGAUUAAUUGUGCAUGACCAAGUACCUCGAGAUAGAUAUAUAAGAACAUUAACUGAAAUAGAAUAAUUAAUGUAUGUGCAUAAAGAAGAUUUAGAAAUUAUGAACUCUGAUAACAUUUUGAAAUUCAAAAUACAAAAUUCAAUAUUUUGGUUACCUAAAAAUCCUAUUUACUUAAAUACAAUAUAUUAUCGUAUUACAGGAGAUGAUGAUUUGUAAUAAGCUAUUGAAUUAAUUUGGGAUUGUCUAUGUAUUUUAAAAGAGAAUUUCCCUUCAAAAUUAGAGCUUUAUUAAGAGAAUAUUGAUUAAUUUAAUUUGAAGGAAUGGGAGAAUGAAUUAUUGAGAAGAUAAUUAAAUAAUUUAAAUAAUCGUUAAUCUAAUGAACCUCUUACAAAAGAUGAAAUAGAAGAUAUUUUUGGAAUACUCAAUAUUGCUUAAUAAUUAUAAAAUGUUAAAGGUUAAGAAAUAUGUCUAAACUUAUUAAAUUAAGUAUAACCAUUUUUCUUGCAAACAUUAUCAUAAUCAUAUUUAGAUCAAUUAGAAUAAAUAGCAAAAGGAUAACAUAAAAUUAUAGCAAAUUCUUUAUUAAAUAAAAUUUAAAAAGUAACAUCUAAUACAAAUAAUUAAAUAACUUAAAGAUAAAGCAACCAUGAUUAAGAAUUAAUAAAAUUAAUAAGAUCAAAUCCUCGUUAUGAAUAAUAACUUAGUAAUAGUUCAGUUAUUUUUUAAAUGAAAGAAACUAAUGAAAUAGAUAGAAUUUGUUUUUAUUUAGAUUACACACUUUAAAAAAACUAAAUUUUAUUAAAGUCAAUUAAACCUACUAUAUAAACUAUAAUAGAUAAAUAUUAUGAUGGUAUAAUUUUAUAUUAAAUAAAAAGGCUAAUAUGGCUUAGACUAAUCAGAAUUAACAAAGUAUUGUAUAUUUCACACUUUACUAUGUUAAACUGUUUUGAAUAUUUAGUAAUUGGAUAAUAAUACAAUUCAGAAAAUAUUUGUAAUUAUUGAAGAAGGAAUUUUGAAUUGGAUUCAAAGUCUUGUUUAAAUGUCAAAUAAGUAAAUUUAUAGUCUGUUUCCAAGUACAUUAUUAUAAAUUUACUCAAAUUAAUAAUUUUAAUCAUAAUUAAAAAGUCACAAAAAUAAUAUUUUCUCUAUGAUUUGUAAUAAAAUGGGAAUGACUGCCAAUAAUAAGAGUGACUAAUAAAAAAUUUACUAGAAUAUGGAUGAAAUAAAAUGCAUAUCUCCUUUGUUAGCUCAAUUUUUAGAAUAGUUAAUGUGA